AUGUUCACCUAUAAGUAUGCCAGCGCCUUCCCCGGUGCCAUCUUCACAAUCCCCUGCGACAGGGAGUCAACCUCUCGCGUCAGCCCUGCUGAAAGUACAUCGACUAUUUGCAGCGCCGACAUAGGAAGGCUUGCCUGCACCCCAAGCCCUGCAACAUCUACUCACACAUGUUCAACAUUCUCCUGGUGUGCCUCCACCGGCGAAGAUGUAUCGGUAUACGACUCCGAUCCCACCUCACCGACCAAACAUAUAACGACUCGGGGACGCCACCCCAAAUUUUCGGCACUGGGUCCCUUGAUUGAGAUCGUCUCUCCAUGGGACGUUGAAGAUGCAAAGGAUGUUUUCGGGGAGGCGCUUCGCUUUGGUGAUAGAUUCAGGCCCAACACUGCUGCUCAAGAGGAAUGGAGCCCGAGUACAGCCUCUCCUUCCCCCUCUACUUCGCCGGCAGAGAGGGCAGAUCCACCGAGGCAAGGGGGAGCCGCUGCACUAUCUGUUCCCUCUCGGGAUGCCCAUACCAAUGAUGGGUUAACGAAUAUAGCCCCAGUCCUUCGCCUUGGCAUAGUGUGCUCCGAGCGCGUCACAAACUUGUUGAGGACGCAUAGGCUUAGUAUGCAGACACAGAACACAAGUGGCUGUUAUAGACUUCCGCGACUGAUGGAGUGA